AUGCAUUUUGUCUCAACCUCAGCGGCGGCAUGGCAGCAGCAACAAAAACUACAACACAACAUUGACUUCAAUGCGGUGUUGGCGUACUGUUGCCGACCCGCACCAUAUGCGCUUGCCUGCGUCUCUCCCUGGUUUCGACGCCGAAUGGAGCAACUCAACUGGAUUGGCCUUGUAGAGAAGAUAAUUACGGCAAACUACCCCGAACUGCUUGACAACACCGUCGCCAAACUUAUUCUCGGGGACGGCAAUGUGUUCCGUGAAGGGGUUGCCGUGCCACGUCGACAUCUCCACCGCAUGGCGCCUGGCCACGACCACCACUGUGCGAUGCUGCUUGAUCAAUUGUGGCACAAGGGCAUACUUGAUAGUCACGACACGGAGGCUGUCCUCUACUUAAAGGGAACAAACAACAACGUGCUAGUUGUGGAGGACAUGUCUUCUACCUGUCAUGCGUUUAUAUCCCAUGAUGCCCCACCACCAACCGAAGAUCUUUUGUACUGGCUUUCGCGGCCACAGCACGAUAAGAACUGGUGGAGUGACACAAGGAACCGCAUGCCGUUGGCCGUAGACGAAAUGGCAAGGGAUACUACAGAGAGUUCACAUCUUCUUUCUGCACAGCCUGAUAAUGUUCGUGUCUUCUCUAGAGCGCGUGGCUUGGCUCUUCAUAUCACUGAGCGUCAUUUGGCGUGGCUGGCAACAUCCCUCGUAGGUGAAUUGCCGCAGCUACAGGAGUUGUACCUUUCAUUAGACGAGGGGCGGAUGCCACCACCCAGAGAAAUGUGGUGGUGGAUCAAAUGUAUGCUUGCUGGAAUUCCCGCGCUCCGUGUGCUUUGUUUGUUGCCACGCCCUGCAUUGUUGUUGGGGCAAUCCCGAAAGAGGUUUGACGACGAUGACGUGCUUGCGCCGUAUGUUGAAGAAGUGGAUUGCAUCAAGACAGAUAUGAGGGUACUCGGUCGUCUUCAGAAAAUUCAUUUUCAAACUGGAGAGCAAAACAUUUUGUCUUCUGAGAAUGUGAAAAAUUAUAAAGAGGGUAGAGGUCCUUCAGACACGGAGAGUUCUUUUGUCCCACCACCCGGCGCUGCAGUUUACAAUGAAAACAGUAAGUUGAUAACACCGACUGAGAAUUCAUUUAACGUGUCUCACCUACUCGAUAAAACAGACAUGGAAGGAUUGGAACAGCUGAGUUCGCUUGAGGUCCUCUACAUAUGUCCUUCGGCAAUGGAAUCCUUGCCGUUUCUCGCACAUCAACCCUCACGGAUGAAGGAGUUGUAUCUUCUUUCCAACCCCAGACUAGAGACAAGUGGUAUUUAUGGUCUUGAGUCACUCCCACAGCUGGAAGUAUUGUGGAUAGAGGGAACUUCUAUCCGUCAACUCUCGGCUCUGAAUGUCUCAACAUCAUUGCGGGAAUUACAUGUAGCGCUUGAUUCCGCCUUCAGCGCCUCUUCUUUGCAAGGGAUCGAACAAAUUCCAACACUUGAGGUACUGCACCUUGAGCGGGUGACUGUGGAUGCUCUCUCCUUUGUUGGCAAGUGUUUAUCGCUAAGAGAACUGAUACUACAUGCAUGCCGCAUAUACUCCGGAAAUGCAUUACAAGGAGUGGAGAAAGCUCAUUUGGAACAUGUCUCUCUGGCCCACUCAAGCGGGAUACGGGAAGUUAAGUUUUUGUCAGAGUGUAAAACACUUCGUGUACUCUUGUUAACUCGAUGCAAUGGAAUCAGCACGGCCUCUAUUAUGGGAUUAGAGACUCUGCCUCAUUUGGAGUUUCUUGAACUUGAGUUCACACGCGUGGAUUCAACGAGUCUGUUGGCUGAAAGCCCAUCUUUACGUCAUCUUCGCCUCAACAACUGCAAACGAGUUUUACGAGGCUCUAUUCGUAAUCUCGACCGCUGUGCGACGUUGCAGUACCUUUCACUGCAGGACACUAACGUCAUCAACGUGGAGGCGAUUUAUGGAUCUUGCAGUUUAGUGGAGCUUGACCUGAGUCGCUGCAAGCAUUUGGAACAGGAGGGUGUUGAGGGUGUUGUCCGUAUUUCCACCCUUAAAAUUCUUCGUUUAUCGUAUACUCCCAUCAUAAGCGUUGCUUUUUUGAGGACAUCUAUAUCGCUUGAGGAAUUGUAUAUAGAUAAUUGUGCAAAUAUUACCAACGAGGGACUGUAUGGCAUUGAGGAGAUCCCCACAUUGCGCGUACUUUCCAUGGUAAACUGCCAGGCUAGUGACAUUGGUUUUUUCGGGUCAUGUCCAUGCUUGGAGGUGCUUCACAUUGCGUCCAUGGAACGCCUGCGUACGCCCGGCAUCAACAACAUUGGGGACUGUUCUCGUCUUUGUCACCUCAACAUGGCGUUCUGUGGUGUGGACUCCGUCUCCUGCCUUGCGAAUGGCUGCCCGAACCUACGGUACUUGAACCUUCGUGGCUGCCAGCGACUCACCACAGAGGGUCUGCAAGGGCUUGAGAAACUGCCCACAUUAACGGAUCUUGUACUUGACGACCUCGAUCUCGUUUGCGACAUCAACAGCCUUGCAGAGAGUACUUCACUGCAACGGCUAAGCGCCGCGCGUUGCACAUCACUCACGCUUUAUGGAGUCCGUGAUCUGCUUUUGAGAAAGCCACCCAUAUCGCUGCGACUGUGA